GAAAAUAAAAAUAAUAAAUUAUGAACAAAACCAUAUUACAUUUGUUAAAUUAAUCACUACUGUUUUCAAAAAACUUUAAAUGAACAAGAAACUCCAAAUUGUGUUCUUAGCAGGAUGAAAAUUAUCAGCUACAUUUACAUUCUUGUUCUAUGGAACUUUGCUAAAGGUUCUAUAUAUAAUAAUUUGAAAUAUUUCGAAACUAUACAUGCAGAUGAACUCGAUCAUAAAAUAGCGAAAAGAGGUAUUAAAGACAGUUCACAUCCAUUUAAUCACAUUAAGGAAAUUAACUUAAAAGCCCAUGGCAGAGAUUUCAGAUUGUUUCUGUCUCCAAAAAGGGACAUUUUACAUUCUAAUUUCAAAGCAUAUUCAGUUGAUGGCGAUGGUAAAGAAACUACUGUUCACAUAAAUAGGGAUGAUUUUUACCAUGGAAGAUUGUUUGGUGAAACGGAUUCUCACGUCAGUAUGCACAUGGAAGAUGGCGUACUAACAGGAACAAUUCAUUUACCACAUGAAACAUAUCACGUAGAGCCUUCCUGGCGACACAUGCCCGACUUAAAUAACAGAACGAUGAUUGUUUACAAACAGUCCGAUGUGAAAUUUAGUUGGCAACCUGAAAAUAGUCCUAACCAUCCGAGAAAAAUCUGCGAUUUCAUUAAAGAAGGCGCAGAUUUGGAAGAGGAAGAUGACGAAAUUGGGGAGGAAUUUGAUCAUCAUCAACGCACAAAAAGACAAAUCGAUCAAUAUGAAUAUACUCCUACUAAAACUAGAUGUCCUUUACUCCUUGUAGCAGACUAUAGGUUCUUCCAAGAAAUGGGGGGAAGUAAUACAAAAACUACCAUCAAUUAUUUAAUCAGUUUGAUUGAUCGUGUACACAAAAUAUACAAUGACACGAGCUGGCAGGACAGACAAGAAGUUGAUGGUUUUAAAGGUAUGGGAUUCGUUAUAAAAAAGAUUGUAGUUCACAGUGACCCGACAAGGAUAAAACAAGGCGAAGCCCAUUAUAAUAUGUUUAGAGAGAAAUGGGAUGUAAGAAAUCUACUGGAGGCAUUUUCGAGAAAUACCCAAAAUGGAGAGUUUUGUUUGGCGCAUUUAUUUACCCAUCAGACAUUUCAAACUAGCAAUUCCGUAGUGCUCGGCUUGGCAUAUAUUGCAUCCCCUAGAUUGUACACCAGAGGCGGGAUUUGUAGCAAGGAAUAUUUUAAAAACGGGUACACUCUGUAUCUAAACUCUGGUCUAAGUUCAAGUCGAAAUCAUUACGGUCAACGAGUCAUAACCAGAGAAGCAGAUCUAGUGACUGCUCAUGAAUUCGGGCACAAUUGGGGCUCGGAACACGAUCCAGACAUUCCAGAAUGCUCUCCCAGCGCCAGUCAAGGUGGUUCUUACCUUAUGUACACGUAUAGCGUCAGUGGAUAUGACGUUAACAAUAAGAGAUUCUCGCCAUGCAGUUUACGAUCUAUACGAAAAGUACUCCAAGCCAAAUCGGGCAGGUGCUUCUCGGAACCCGAAGAAAGUUUCUGCGGUAAUUUAAGAGUAGAAGGCGACGAGGAAUGCGACGCAGGUUUACUGGGUACUGAAGAUAACGACGCGUGCUGUGACAAGGAUUGUAAACUUAGACCUAAAGCGAUGUGCAGUGAUAAAAACUCGCCGUGUUGUCAAAAUUGCCAAUUCAUGCGCAACGGGGUUAAAUGUAGAGACGCGCAAUACGCCACUUGCGAACAGGAAUCUCGCUGUACCGGCCAGCAAGCCGAUUGUCCAAAGAGCCCUCCCAUGACCGAUGGUACCGAUUGCCAAGAGCGAGGAAAAUGCAAAACCGGCAAAUGCAUUCCUUUCUGUGAAACCCAAGGAAUGCAAAGUUGUAUGUGCGAUGUCAUUGAAAAUGCCUGUAAAAGAUGUUGCAGAUCAAGUAUUAAUGAAACCUGUUCACCAGUAGAUUCAGCCGAUAUACUAGCUGAUGGUACCCCUUGUAUACAAGGCUUCUGCAAUAAUGGACAUUGCGAGAAAACUGUGCAAGAUGUUGUGGAACGUUUUUGGGAUAUCAUCGAAGACAUCAACAUCAACAAAGUGCUUCUGUUCCUGCGAGAUAAUAUCGUCGGUACUGUAGUGCUUGUAACAGCUCUGUUGUGGAUUCCGGCGAGUUGCGUUAUUAGUUACUUCGAUAGGAAGAAGAGAAGAGAGGAAUUGGAGCGGUGGGAAUGGAGGCGAAAGACCGAUUUCAUCCAUCCAUCCGAUAAUAUUAAAAGGAUAAUACACUUAAGAACGCCGAGGCAGAGAAAUAUACAUUCGCAACAAUCCUCGCAGGUCAGACCUGUGAUAUCGGAUACUUAAUUUUUUUAACGUAGACUAAGUUUAAUGAACAUUUUAACAUUUCUCUGAGAAUAAAGUUGGAUCAAUAAUUAUUCUUAAGGGUAAGAGUACUUUUAGAUAUGACAUAUUGCUUAAUAAAUUUUAUAGAUGACUUAAUUUUGCUAUAAUUUGUGCCAGAUAUUAGUUGAACUUUUUUGAUACAAUUUUUCUUGGAGAUUUUUUUGCAACUAAUCAAUUGUUCAGUUUUGUACAUUUGUGUAUAUUUGUAUUAUUUUACAUUUCUAGUCAAGAUGUACUUAUUUGUUGAAUUAUGUGCAGAGGUACGUUGAUAUUGAUGUAAUAGAAUUCUUGUACAUAAAUAUUGUGUUUACUUGUAAGAUCUUGUCAGUAUUUGUUUAUAAAAGUGAUCUCCAACAUUCAA